AAACAGCAACAAAAUGAAGACUGCCACUAUCGCCUCCCUCUUUGCAUUCGGCUUCGUCACGGCCGUCGGUGCUGAUGGUAGCAACUGCUUUGGCGGUGGCCAAGAAUUCCCCAGCGAUAUAUCGCCGGUGAACUCUGAGAUUGAUGGUUUUUGUAAGGCAAUUGAUAGGGAGGCAUGACGAAUUGAUAGGGAGGCAUGACUCUUAGGGAGGCAUGAAAAUCCCGGUCGUUGAUUGGCCCAAUUUUUAUUCUGCCCAGAGCUCCCUUCAGCUUGACGCGUUAAAUCCAAUGCACGUAACGAAGCGAAGCCAUCACAAGCCCUCUUGACGAAGAAUCCCUUGCUUUGCCAAUAUGGAAACCCGUUCGAGUCGCCAUUCGAAGCGACAAGUAGGGAGCGAUGAUCUUGACGAUCAAUCGCAUUCUCGGAAGCGCCAACGAACCAACAACAAUACCCCACGAUCCGACCCUUCGCCCUCGCGAUCGGCCGUAAGCCAAAGCUCCAGUAUCGGGCAAUGGUACGGCAUUGGGGAUGAAGAUGUAUUGAGCAACCUCUUUGCUUCUCACCCGGAAACGUUUACUACUGUCCCACGCCCCCACGGAUCACGCGGGCUCCAUGCGCCCACGUGGCAGUUGCGAUCCGACUAUAAGCUUUACUUUUCGAACGAUCUCCCUAGACCGGGGGGGCGAUCGAUGCAAGUCACGAUACCGAUACCCGGGCCAGAGCCUGAUUUGCUGGCCAGUUCCUCUCCCGAACCAAGCCAGCAAUCCAACGGACCUCUCUCUCCUCGGACGCAGUUCCGAUCUGCCCUGCGAUUGGUCCGAGAGGUCAUCGGCGAGGAGCGUCGGCUCACUCAGGAAUGUAUCCGGUCUUUCGAAAGACCCUCCGCCGUAUUCGCCACCUCGCUCGCCACCUCGCUCGCCUGGAGCCGAUCCAGCCAGCAGUACAUCUCCGAACCCAAGCUCAACUUCUGCCCUCUCUGCCUCGCCGGCUCCGCCUUCGAUCCCCAACCCACCUAUCCCAGGUAACCCUGCACCUUCAGCGGAGGUUCUCUUUGGCUUGGUCAAUAUAUUUGCCAAAGCUAAUGGCUUUGGCAUUGUUCGGCGACAAGGAUAUUCAUAUAUGGGUCGGAGGAUCCGAUACUCGUUCCAAUGCGAUCGGUUUGGAGAG